AUGGGAGGUGUACUGUUCCCCGAUCGGUCUGGAGGUUCGGUUCAUCUACAGUACCUACUAUGGGUGGAGGAUUGGCAGAGAGCUGGGAGAUUCACCUGGGGAGCAUCUGUUCUAUCCUACAUGUACCGUGAGAUGGGUAGGUCAGUGCUGCAAAUGACGCAAUCCUCUUCACUAGGUGGUGACCUUGGUGGAUGGUCCGCCUUACUGCAGACCUGUCAGCAUGGUGAUCAGUUCUACCAGUACAAGUUGUGGUUUGACGAGAAAACGAUCUUCGUGUGGCGUCCUUACUUUGAGAGAGCUCAGGACCUCAGCGGUAGUGUGAUCCAGUCUGACAUGUUUCGAGCAGUAGUUCCACUGAUUUGCUUUUCAUCGGCGAUGUGGCACCAUCCAGAUUGCGUGCUCGAACAGUUUGGCAUGAUGCAGGAUGAGCCUCAUCAGCCACAUCCCGUGGCUGAUAUUAGGUUUUUCCUUCGCCAGGGCCAACAUGGGCCAUCAAGUGGGCAGUAG